AAAUGUUGCACGUAUAGAGUACACCUACUUCUAUUCUAUGAAGUAUUUUUUGUCUAAGUAAAAUGUACUUCAACGAUUAUAAUUGUCGAUAUUUAUGCUAUCCAAAAUUUUUAUUAUUUAUUUCCGUGUUAGGAAAUAGUGAGAUGUAAUAUAGUAUAGUACAAAUUUAUCUUUCUUUGUAAUAAGGAAGAUUCAUAAAAAUGUAAACUAAUACUUUUCAUUAUCUUUUAUAACUUAUUUAUUUCUAUACCUUUCAUAUAUAAUAAAGACUGCACACCUUUGUAUCGUUAAAAAAUAUGGCGAGUAACUACAAUUUUGAAGAACAGGUUCCUAUUCCUCCUCGUAGAUCUCGCACAAACACUUCUGACAAAGUUCCUUAUAUUGUAGAUGUAGUUGCAGAAAGAUCUAUGGUUCCCCUUAUGGAAAGAAUGUCUCGUCAUGAAAUUAGUAGACUAGAAAUGUCCCCAUUAGAUCGUUUGAGAAAUAAUGUAGAUAUGUCUGAAAAUGUUGCUAAAAUGGCUUCUCAUUUGAAGCAGUUGGAGAAAAAAAGAGAUGAACUUAAAAGACAAUGUACUGCCAUUGAAAGUAUGAAUAGACAAAGUGAAGUAAAUCGAUUAACAGAAAAAAACAAUGCAUUGAAACAAGAUGUUUUUGUCUUAAAAAAUCUUACCUACAAAUUAAAUCAAGAAUUAGAAAAGUGUCAAGAUAAGUUAUUGUCUAGGGACCAAAUAUCCGAGUCAAGUAGUUAUAUGCGUAUACAAGGUCCAAAAGGUAUUAAUUGGCGCCGGGAAGAUCUUAGUGCAGUAUCACCUUUAUUAGAAGCUUAUCAAACAUCCUUAGAAGAAAAAGAUAUAACUAUUGAAACUUAUAAGAACGAACUUGCUCGAUUUUCAACCAGAAGUAAAGAAAUAGUCGCUGAAAAUGAAAACCUCUAUCAACAACUUGAAGAGGCCAAUGAUAAAAUUGAAGUUACUUAUGUUGAGUGGAAAUCAUUAGAAUUAGAAGUGGCUAGUCUAAAAGAACAUAAUGAACUUUUAAUUAGACAAGCAAAAUUACAUCAAGCUAAAUUACAAGAUUUACUAAGAUCUUAUCAAUCUAGAGUUACCGAAUUAAAUAGCGAAAGAGAUCAUUUAACUGACAAAUAUGAAAAUGCACGCAUGGAACUUCUACAAUUACAAAGUCGUGUAUCCAAUUUGGCAGAAGAUUUGAACCGCAUGAAAACAGAAGAUAAUAAUAAAAUACCAAUAUCUGUUCACACAUCAGCUGUAAAUGAAUGUCGCAGAUUGUUUGAAGAAUUAAAAGUUCGUUAUGAUGAUGAACGUGACACCCUGAUGCGUCGAUUGAUAAUAUUUGAAGAAGAACGUCCAGCUCUUGAUAUUAAAAUUGUUUCUCUAACCACAGAAUUAAAUCAACAGCGAUCUAUUAAUAAAGCUUUAGAUCUUCAUUGUUCUCAAUUGAAAUCAAAAUGUGAAAUAUUAGAAAAACAAUUACUGGAGUGUGAAUCUGAAAAAAAUACUAAUAAAAAACAGCUUGGUGAUGCAAUGGUAUUUUUACGCGAGACAAUCAAUGAUCAAGAAGCUUUACUACAACAUGCAGCUGGUGACAGUCGCAAUAGUGUAUCUGCGGCCAUGUUGAGUGCUUCAAUUAGUGCUAGAGUGAAAGCACUAACUGAACAUUUAAAGAGUGUUGAACAAGGAGCUCAUCAAGAAGUCAACCGUUUGAGUGGUCGUCUUUAUGAACAAUCUGCUGAAAUGGAAAGGAUGAAAAAAAUAUAUGAAAAUGAAAUAAAUGCUCUGAAAAAUGCCCUAUUACAAAAGCAAAGUGUUAUAGAUUCUAUGGAUUCUGAUAGAGAAAGAUAGCGAUGGUGCCCUUGCGCUACGUGGUCAUCGUGGUGUCGCUUUAGUCAAUACAUUAGAAAGGAAUUAUGAGGUUGUGACAAAUUCCAAAAAAAAAAAAGAAAACUUGUAGCUUAUAAAAUCUUUUAAUCAGAUAUUUUAUAA